AGGCGAGAAAUGGGAGUAAGGCGAAAGCCUCGGAUCCCCGCCUGAAAUAGUUGAAUCGGAACAAAACAAAAGCACUUUGAGGCGGUAUUUCGGUGUAUGUCGCCCAUUGAGGAGUUUUCGUUCAGCGGGUGAGAUGUGGCUGGUCCGGUGUAGGAAUCUCCACAUUGUCUGCGAAACAGAUGGGGAAGAUGCGUGUCAGUGUCGGUUAGGGAUGCGUUAAUAGCAGCUGAGUUCUGAAGUGUCACGUCCUUCAUUCAUUUUCGGCCGAAGACAGUGUGUUGAAAGCAAUGAUUGAUAUAGAAGGCGCCUUGCUUUCAGUUCUUGUAAACAAUUUUCUUAAUAUGUAGUGUUUCCUUAAUUUAGUCUUCCAGAUCUCAGCUUACGAUAAACACUGCAAUUGUUUACAUGCACAGGUUUUAUAUGCAUCAUUCCUUCACAAAAUUUAAUCGAAAUGUAAGUAUGAUUUUAUAUGCGGUAAUAAUAUGCCCAUAAUUUUGGCAGUCUGACUAAGUGUUACAUUGCUCUGCUGGAUUGUAAAGUUUGGUGCGUUUAUAGGAAUCCUAGCUUCUUAUCAAUGGUUUAGAAGCAAUAAUGAUGCUUCUUUUCAACUUUGAAUUAUUUUAACUAGUGGCAAUUAGAUGUUUAUCUUCUGCCAUCGAAAUAAAAAAAAAAUAGGCACCAUCAGCAAAUACAUUUUGGGUGUGUGAAGAAUGCAUUUAGAUGUUCUGAGUCUGGCUAGUGCUUAUGUGCUGUAGUUUGAAAGGCUGAUGUGUAGGAACACACAUUUUUCUUAAUGAAUUCAGUGGUAGUGCUAGCAUGGUGUGUCUGACAAUUAUAAUGUGGUUAUGUGUGCAUCCAUAUGGAUUAUGUAUCUGUUCUCAAAAAGCAGUGUAAAUUCAUUUAACUAGUCUAGUCUUAAACAGUAUGAUGAUAAGUCAUAUUAGAUAAGAAAAAUCCCUAAAUCUGAUGAGAAAACGCCAGCUCUACUGUUUUUACUAAUGAACUGAAUAUGCUGAAUCUGAAUACAGAAUGUGUUAUGAAGAACUGAAUUCUUCAGUAAAAAUACUACCUGUAAUUGAGGGAUUUUGUAACAGGUAUGGAACCUGAGAUACCAACUUGAAAAUUUCAAGACUUUUUUUUUUAUGUCCAGUAUUGGAUGCAGUAGUUAGAAAAAUAAUCAUGUAAUAUUCUAGGUAGUCUUGUUUUUUAAAGGGGGGGGAAGUACUUUUCAUCAGUAUUUUUUACUAACUUUGCAAGAACAGUUAAUAACUAUGGUGGUACAUCACUAAGUGGUGAGGAUGAGUUUUCUCAGAUCUUGGCUUUUCAUGAGAAACGGAGUGAGACAGUGUGACAGGUGAUAUGGUCUAGACCAGAGCAGACCUUGGUCUGCCAAGGGGCACAAUCUUGCAAACCUUGCACUGUCUGAAAUUUGGGCAGGUACACAGUGAGUUACAGCGUUAGCCAACUCUUUCAUCUGGCAUGAAUUUGUUUAUCAUUGUUGGCUGAGCAAAUGGACAGCUUAUUUGGUGUUUGUUCAGCAGGAAAUAAGUAUUAGUUUGUAGGUACACUUCAGAAGUGUAUUUAAGUAUUUUUGUGCAAAAUCUGAGGUGAAUUCAAACUUCCAGCAAGCUUGUUACCAAAACUGCGGUGUUACAGGUCGUUAUGUAAUAAAAGCCAAGAGUUUCCAUACAACCUGAGCUAAGUGUGCAUAAGCCUGGAAGAAAUAUAUACUGUAGGUUUUGUUUAUGUAGUGAUAGAGAGCUGUGUAUUGAAUGGAUGGAUAUACAUAUACAUCAAAAUGUACUUCCCUAAAACAGUUUUCUAGUUCUAGAGCAAGAACAGCACACAUGAGAAUCAAGUUCCAGCAGGCUUUGUGGUGGAAUAUGCCCUGUGAAAGUGUUCCUGUAAUAUAUCGAGUGAAGGCAGUGAAACAGUUGCUCCAUCUUUCUCCCCUCUGCAUACCUGCCCAUGUAGCAGUAAUCUGUAGCCAGUGGAAGAGGAGCUGGUGAGGCAUCCCAAGUUUUCUGUGACUGUGGGUGACUUGCGGGCUGGAUAAACUAGGCAGAGCUGCUUGGAAUGGAGAGGUCACUCUGUGUAGAGCUGCUGUAGCUGGGGUUUGUGUUAUCAUCUGCUAGAUUACUGUUUGUACUGUCAUCUGGUAAUCUAGGAUAGAUUGAGGUAGCAAGAAGCUUUAGCUGCUGUGUUUGGGUUUUCACCAGACAGUGGAAAAUGCCGGUGGCUUGGAACUGGAAGCACAGUAGUAUUUGGAUAUAUAGUGCCCUUGUUAUGAAAGCUAUGCCUUAAGUUAUAUUUAUGAAUCUUAAAAUUUGCAAGUAAGCUGCUGAACGCCAUGGAAACUGCGACUGUUACAGGAGGGGGAAAGUGUAUUGUUAAAUUGAUUCUCAGGUAACACUAUACAAAUAGAAGUUAAAGGCAAGUGCACUGCAAGUGAGCAGUCAGUAAUAUUGAUUCCUGCUGAAUUACUUUCUGUAGUUCUUGAUGAGCGUAAGGCCAGACAGCAGCUUUGUGUGUGUACUGAUAGGCAAAUGCAUUUUCUUACUUAUUUUCCUAUUGGGUAAAAGGGGUGAUCUCAAAGUGAAUGUGAGUCACUUUUAAAAUACUCCCAAACCAUCUGGUGGGUUCUCUGUAGAGAAAGCAAAAGCCAAGGACUGUAAUAAAUACUUAAUAUCAAAUCUCCAGAGUACUUGGCAAGCUAAGAAAUGUAACAAUAUUCAUCCACUUCAAAAAGAAACUAACCCUUAGAAAUUAAAUAGUAAAGUCCUGGCAGCCUUGAAGCAAAGACCUAGCUAAAAUUUUCCACAGUAUAUGGUAUAUUUUUUUUGUUGUGUGGAUGUAGUGAUGUUUGUCCAUGGCAAGAAGGAAUCUGAAGGCUGGGGCUAGAAAAUUAGAUGGCCAUUAGUCAGAAUGCCUUAUGAUCUCCAGCUGAAAAAAUGUAGCCUUUGUUUUCUUGCGUUUAUUGGUAGGUUAAUUUUUUUAGCCAAGUAAUAACCACUUGCAUAUUUAUUGUCACGUAUAAUUGCUGGGCUAUACAAAUACAUGUGUAUGUCUUACAUAUAAGUCACAUGUACUUAAUUGUUAAUAAACAGGUCUUCAAGUGGAAGCUCAUUUAAUGAAUAGUUGUUGUCUUAAUUCUUUUUUUUUUCUUCAAUGUAAGUUACUGCUAAGCAGUUUUACAGGCUUUCAAGAUUUUGAGUCAACUGCGAAUAGGGAACAGAAUUCCCAACAGUAUCUUCAAUCUGUAGAGCCACAGGGGUGGCACAUACCAGUUAAUAUAGUCUUGGUUCGUUUGGAAUGUAUUGCAUUUAUUGCUCUAAUGACCAAAUAUCCUUUUUUUGUGAAUUUACUGUGGGCUAGCAAGUCACUUUUGAAUUGCUAUGGAUUAUCCACGAAGUACAUACUUUUAGUUGCAGUGAAGAAUGUGUUGGGGGUUUGAUGUUGCAAUCAAAGCAGGUUAAGACUUUGCAAGGUUGCUAUGCCUCAGUAAUAGGGUCGAAACUUGCUUUACCAAUUCUGGUAAGCUGAAUUGGAUGCCCUGGCUACUAAUUUUCCCUAGCUAUGCAAAUGACAUUUCAGGAACUACUAUGAAUCCCCUCAGCAGUAGUACAAAUUAUUCUUUUUAUGUUACUGUUGACCAGGGCAUAGUAACUUUGGUUUGCUGAGUAUAAAGUUAGUCAGUGCUAAUAUUGGGGUGGGGAGGGAGCUUGCUGGCUUUUUAUAGGAAAUGCUAGCCUGACUGUUACACUUUAAAAUAUCUUGAAAAUUAAAGUUCUUCUGGAAAUACUGUUUCUGUAGUACUUAGUGUGUUUGAUAUUGUUAUAUAGCAAAUACCUCUUUUAGAGGCUUAUUCUUUAGUACACAGUGAUUUGAAGAACAGAGAAGGGGGAAAAAUCCUUGGUAUGCUGGAAAUGAGAGAUAAUAUCUCCUACGGCAUUGUUUUUGGCUGCAAAAGUGGAAGAACAGCCACGGAAACUUGAACAUGUUAUUAAAGUAGCACAUGCCUGUCUUCAUCCUCAAGAGCCACAACUGGAUACAAAGAGUGAUGCAUACCUUCAGCAAGCCCAAGAGCUGGUUAUACUUGAAACAAUAAUGCUUCAAACUUUAGGUUUUGAGAUUACCAUUGAACAUCCACACACAGAUGUUGUGAAAUGUACGCAAUUAGUGAGAGCAAGCAAGGAUUUGGCACAGACAUCCUAUUUCAUGGCUACCAACAGUCUUCAUCUUACUACGUUCUGUCUUCAGUACAAGCCUACAGUGAUAGCAUGUGUGUGCAUUCACUUGGCCUGCAAGUGGUCCAACUGGGAGAUUCCAGUAUCAACUGAUGGAAAACACUGGUGGGAAUAUGUAGACCCUUCAGUUACUCUAGAAUUGCUAGAUGAGCUAACUCAUGAGUUUCUACAAAUACUGGAGAAAACACCUAGCAGGCUCAAGAGAAUUAGAAAUUGGCGGGCUAAUCAGGCUGCUAAGAAACCUAAAGGUGAUGGACAGGUAUCUGAGAACUCGCUUCUUGGUUCAUCUUUGGUCCAGAAUUCCAUUUUGGUGGAUACAGUUACUGGUGUAGCUGCAAACACAAGUUUCCAAAAACCAUCAACAUCGUUUCCUGCACCAGUACCUCUGACCUCAGGAAGUAUUUCUGUUCCAGACAGUCACACACCUGAAAAUUUGGCAAUACUAGCUACAGGAAUGCCAAGUACCUCAUACAGUUUGGCAUCACACCAGGAGUGGCCUCAGCAUCAAGAACAAACAAGGACAGAACAAAUAUACUCUCAAAAACAGGAGACGUUACCUGCUAGUCAGUACAAUAUGAACUUCCAGCCAGGGACGUCCGUACAGUUGCACUCGGGAGUACAUCACAGACCUGACAAACUUGCUGAGCAUUCUACUGUCAAACAAGAAUAUUCUCAUAAGUCAGGAAACAAACACCAUGGACAAGUUGCUGCUCCUGUAAUAAUUCCUCAAAAAAUGUCUUUGGAUAAAUACAG